AUGGCGGGUACUGUAGCCUCUCCUCUUCUUGACAUGGUUUGCCACAGGCUUGACUCCCACACCAGGGCCUUGUCCAAGAGCACAAACUUCAUAAAGAUGCGUCUCAAGUUGGCAGAAACUCUGGCCUUCCUUGAGGAAACUGAGCACCAUGAAUCCGGUGACAACUCAUCCAUCAAGAUCUGGCUCACCGUUCUCCGAGAUCUUGCUUACGAUGUUGAUGUACUGAUCGAUGAUUGGGAGCAGCAAUCGAAUAAAAUCCCCCGACCAUCUUCUUAUCUUGAGAAAGAAUUGAGGAGAAUUCAUGGCCAGUUGGUUUCCCACUUGGACUCAUAUUUCAGGCUUGUUCCUGGCCAUGAUGUGCCCGAGAGAGCAAAUCCUGAGAUGGAUUUUUAUGGGUCAGAUAUUGUUUAUGGACGCUAUUCUGAGAUGUCUGGAGUUAUAAACAACAUGUUCUCAGGCAAUGAUGGGAAGAUAUUACGGGUUAUUCCUAUAGUAGGGAUGGGAGGAAUUGGUAAGACAGUUUUCGCUAGAAGAAUUUUCCAGAACGAUGAGGUGAAAUCUCAUUUCCAGGUCAAGGCUUGGGUUUCAGCAGGAGAAAAUCUUGAUCUUGCGAAAAUUGAAGAGUCUGUAGCAUCCCAGAGUAGCUUGGAGGGAAAGAAAUUUUUGCUCGUGUUGGAUGAUGUGUGGGAGGAAGAUGGCAAAAAAUUGCAGGAACUGAAAGAAUGGUUAACUAUCAAUGUUGGUGAUUCAGGAUCUUGUUGUGUUUUGUUAACUACUCGCUCUAGUCGAGUGGCAGCUUUGGCAGGCACAGUUCCAGCAAAACAGUUAGAAUGUUGGUCAGAUGAGGAUUCGUGGGCUCUAUUUCGGUGUCUGGCAUUCGGACCUAUGCAAGAUGAGAGUAUUGAAUUCGAAAAAAUUGGUCUGAAAAUUAUUGCCAAGUGCAAGGGACUUCCUCUGGCGAUUAAGGUUGUAGGCGGCUUGUUACGUUGCAAAAACAAGCAAGAAUGGUUGUCUAUCAGGCGGCAUGAUUUAUCAAAUUUGCCAGAAUUCAAAGCUUAUGUAUUGCCAGUUUUAAAGCUUAGUUACCAUCGUCUACCGCCAACUUUGAAACAAUGUUUCGUGUAUUGUUCGAUAUUCCCGAAAGGUUACUGGAUCAACAAAGAGAAAUUAGUCCAGUUGUGGAUUGCUGAGGGUUUUGUUGGACUUGAAAGUAGAGAUAGAGGCUUAGAAGAUAUAGCUAAUGAAUAUUUUUCCGAAUUGUUUCAGAAUUCAUUCUUCCUUGAUGUAAUGAGAGAUGAAUUUAGUGAAGUGGCAUGGUGCAGAAUGCACGAUUUUAUGCAUGAUCUUGCCCAGUUUGUUGCAGGAGUUGAAUGCGAAAUUUCGCUAAGCCAAAUUGGCCAGGUGGUAUCUCACAAAAUGCAUGAUCUUGCACAGUUUGUCUGGAGAAUUGAAUGCUCAUCUUUGUUAAUGGGGUAUCCGCGAAGUGUUCAGGGACGUGUACAGUAUUGCUCCAUGGUUACUCCUGAGCCUGGAAAAUUGCGUACACUGCUUUUGUUAUCAGGUAAAUUGGACAACGUUGCCAGCAUUUUUCGUAUGUUUAAUCGUUUAAGGGUGCUAGAUUUGAGUCAAAGUGGCCUCAUUGAGUUGCCAGUUUCCAUUGGUAUUUUGAAGCAUUUGAGGUAUCUUGAUCUCUCUCACACAUACAUCAGAAAAAUACCGAACUCUAUCAGUAAGCUGAAGCAAUUGCAGACAUUGGAACUCUCUCAUUGUUACAACCUGGAAGUGUUACCCAGAGCUAUUACUCUGUUGACAAAGCUAAGAAAUUUGGGUAUUUCAUCAUGUUGUUCUUUGAUUCACAUGCCCUCAGGCAUUGGAAAACUAAAGCUUCUGAGAAAGUUGCCGGCCUUCAUUUUGGGUAAAAGAAGUGAUGCUGCAAAACUCAAAGAACUAAAUUUGUUAAACCUUGUGGGCAGAUUAGCCAUCAAGAAUCUUGAGAAUGUGAAAAUUCUGGUUGAUGCACAAGAAGCAAAGAUUCAUGAGAAAGUACACAUUCGUUCAUUGGAGUUAUCCUGGAACCGCAACGCCGAUCUGAGCUUUGACAUGUCUGCUGCAAUUUUAGAAAUCCUCAGGCCGCCUAUGAAUAUAAAAAUUUUGUGUUUAAAAGGAUACAGAGGCUUAUCUUUUCCAGGAUGGAUGAAUUGGGAAUUUCCAAACUUAGUGAAGGUUUCUUUGAUCGAUUGCAGUUGCCAGAAACUUCCCCCUCUCGGGGGGCUACCAGGCCUUCAGGAUCUUUACAUAAAAGGGUUUCCUGCAGUGCUGAGCAUAGGCGAUGAAUUCUAUGGCAAUGGUGUUGUCAAAGGGUUUCCAUCACUGCAACAGCUUGAGAUUUUUGAUAUGCCUAAUUUGGUGGAAUGGAACAGCUUCCCAGCUACAGCGCAGGGAGAACAAUUUCCCUGUCUUGAGAAACUUACAAUUGAAGGAUGCAGAAUCCUGACAGAAUUUCCAUUUGCUCCGAAUAUCAAGAACUUGGCUAUCUGCAACAGCAAUGAAACUCUACUUAACUCACUUCACCAUUUGCCCUCUCUUGCCUCUCUUGUUAUCGACAACUUUCAUGAACUCGAAAGCUCACCUGGUGAUCCUGGAAACCCGAAUUCUAUCACAAAGCUGACAAUUCAUGAUUGUGAUAGUCUGGAAAUUCUGUUUGCAGCCGUCCGAAGUUUAUCUUCUGUCAGACAUUUGAGUAUUCUGCAUUGCGACAAGGUGGAUCUCCUACCGAUGAGCCUAGAAAAGUUCGAUUCCCUUCAGAAGUUAGAGAUUGUCAAUUGUCCAAGACUAUUUCAGAUCCCUGAUAUUCUUCAUCAACUUUCUUGUCUGGUGGAGCUGACAUUUGAGAAUUGUCCAAUCCUGGAGUUGAAGCCUGAAAGCAUCAGGUUACUCAGCUCUAUCCAAAUUUUGAUGAUCCAAAGAUGUCCUCUAUUAGAGAAACAACUGGAGAUCGAGACUACGAAAAAAGGCGUAAGAUUUUAA